CCGCAUCGGACCCAAAUACAAAGAGGGUAGAAACCAGAGUCGAGGGAGAUGAGUGUUGCAUCAACGGCAGGGUACCUAGCUCGGAGAGCAGCGCAGAAAGAGAGGGUUCGGAUCCUCUAUCGGCGUGCCCUCAAAGAGACUCUCAACUGGGCCGUCCACCGCCACCUCUUCUAUAACGAUGCCGAUGUCCUCCGCCUGCGGUUCGAAGCUAACAAACAUGUGGAAGAUCUUGAUACAAUUGAUAGACUGAUAGCUGAUGCUGAAGCACAGCACAAUAAGUGGCGGCACCCUGACCCUUAUAUUGUUCCUUGGGCUCCUGGCGGUAGCAAGUUCACUCGAAAUCCGCCUCCUCCACCAGGGAUUGAGAUUGUAUACGACUUUGGUCGGGAGGAACCUGCCUAAAACUGACGUCAUUUCCCAUGGCAAUCAAUAAAGGUUUGCCAAAUCUUUUUGGAUAGAUUCUUUCAUCAACUCAUGUGUGAGUUUAAUUAGAGCUUGUUAUUGGCCUUCUAUUACCUCCAAAAAAAGGCGUUUUGUUGAUUCUAAACACACCUUAUGAAUAUUCAAUUUGGAUGUGACCAAAACAUCUGAGCUAUCACCGCUGCAUUUGACUCUCUAUUUUGAAUAAAAAGCUUAUCUGAACUACCCAUAUAAAUUGUUUA